GAGUGCGCCUCGGAGCCCGCCCGGGCGGCCGCCGGACGCACGGACUGAGGACAGACAGCGCCCGGAAGCCGCGCCGCCGUUGCCAGGGGGCAGGCUGCUUCUUGGACCCUCUCCCUGGACUCCAGUGGAGGUGACCCUGGGAGGUGCCUGACUAACGUCCUUCCCCUGGGGGAGCUGGUGUGGACGGAGGAGGGGCGUGCUGGUCACCAUGACAACAGAGACAGGCCCCGAUUCUGAGGUGAAGAAGGCUCAGGAGGAGGCCCCACAGCAGCCUGAGGCGGCCGCUGCUGCAACCACCCCUGUGACCCCUGCAGGCCACGGCCACCCCGAGGCCAACUCCAAUGAGAAGCACCCGCUCCAGCAGGACACUCGGCCUGCUGAACAGAGCCUAGACAUGGAGGAGAAGGGCUAUGGGGAGGCUGAUGGCCUGUCAGAGAGGACCACGCCCAGCAGAGCCCAGAAAUCACCCCAGAAGAUUGCCAAGAAGUACAAGAGUGCCAUCUGCCGAAUCACUCUGCUUGAUGCCUCUGAGUACGAGUGUGAGGUGGAGAAACAUGGCCGGGGCCAGGUGCUGUUUGACCUGGUCUGUGAGCACCUCAACCUCCUGGAGAAGGACUACUUCGGCCUGACCUUCUGUGAUGCCGACAGCCAGAAGAACUGGCUGGACCCCUCCAAGGAAAUCAAGAAGCAGAUCCGGAGCAGCCCCUGGAAUUUUGCCUUCACAGUCAAGUUCUACCCCCCUGAUCCUGCCCAGCUGACAGAAGACAUCACAAGAUACUACCUGUGCCUGCAGCUGCGGGCGGACAUCAUCACGGGUCGGCUGCCCUGCUCCUUCGUCACACAUGCCCUGCUGGGCUCCUACGCUGUGCAGGCUGAGCUGGGUGACUACGAUGCUGAGGAGCACGUAGGCAACUAUGUCAGCGAGCUCCGCUUUGCCCCCAACCAGACCCGGGAGCUGGAGGAGAGGAUCAUGGAGCUGCACAAGACAUACAGGGGCAUGACUCCGGGAGAGGCAGAAAUCCACUUCUUAGAGAACGCCAAGAAGCUUUCCAUGUAUGGAGUAGACCUGCACCAUGCCAAGGACUCUGAGGGCAUCGACAUCAUGUUGGGAGUCUGUGCCAAUGGCCUGCUUAUCUACCGGGACCGACUGAGAAUCAACCGCUUCGCCUGGCCCAAGAUUCUUAAGAUCUCCUAUAAGAGGAGUAACUUCUAUAUCAAGAUCCGGCCUGGGGAGUACGAGCAAUUUGAGAGCACAAUUGGCUUUAAGCUCCCAAACCACCGGUCAGCUAAGAGGCUGUGGAAGGUCUGCAUUGAGCACCACACAUUCUUCCGGCUGGUGUCGCCUGAGCCCCCACCCAAGGGCUUCCUGGUGAUGGGCUCCAAGUUCCGGUAUAGUGGGAGGACCCAGGCACAGACCCGCCAGGCCAGCGCCCUCAUUGAUCGGCCCGCACCCUUCUUUGAGCGUUCCUCCAGCAAACGGUACACCAUGUCCCGCAGCCUUGAUGGAGCGGAGUUCUCCCGCCCAGCCUCGGUUAGUGAGAACCAUGACGCAGGACCCGAUGGUGACAAGCAGGAGGAGGAUGGCGAGUCUGGGGGUAGGCGGUCAGAGGCCGAGGAGGGAGAGGUCAGGACUCCCACCAAGAUCAAGGAGCUAAAGCCGGAGCAGGAAACCACGCCGAGACACAAGCAGGAGUUCUUAGACAAGCCAGAGGAUGUCUUGCUCAAGCACCAGGCCAGCAUCAACGAGCUCAAGAGGACCCUGAAGGAACCCAACAGCAAACUGAUCCACCGGGAUCGAGACUGGGAGCGGGAGCGCAGGCUGCCCUCCUCGCCCGCCUCCCCCUCCCCCAAGGGCACUCCUGAGAAAGCCAAUGAGAACAAAUCCGGAGUUGCAGUCAGGGAAGAGAAGCACAUCACCAGCUUAGCAGCAAACCCCCCUGGAAAAGGGGGGCACCUGAGAUUCACCAGCUCCUCGGGCCCUCAGAGAGCAGGGCUAAGGGAGGGCUCAGAGGAGAAGGUCAAACCGCCUCGUCCCAGGGCCCCAGAGAGUGACACAGGAGACGAGGACCAGGACCAGGAGAGGGACGCGGUGUUCCUGAAAGACAACCACCUGGCCAUUGAGCGUAAGUGCUCCAGCAUCACAGUCAGCUCCACGUCCAGCCUGGAAGCUGAGGUUGACUUCACGGUCAUUGGCGACUACCACGGCAGCGCCUUCGAAGACUUCUCCCGCAGCCUGCCUGAGCUUGACAGAGACAAAAGCGACUCCGAAACCGAGGGCCUGGUAUUCUCCCGGGAUCUCAGCAAGCGGGGCCCCAGCCAGGAGGACGAGCCUGGGGGCAUCGAGGAUAGCCCAGAUCGAGGGGCCUGUGCCACCCCAGAUAUGCCCCAGUUUGAGCCUGUGAAAACAGAAACCAUGACUGUCAGCAGCCUGGCCAUCAGAAAGAAGAUUGAGCCAGAGGCUGUACUGCAGACCAGAGUCACCAAUGUGGACAGCACCCAGCAGGUUGAUGGGACUGCCCUAGGGGGAAAGGAGUCCAUAACAACUGCUCCCUCCAUCACCACGGAGACCAUAUCAACCACCAUGGAGAACAGUCUCAAGUCCGGGAAGGGGGCAGCUGCCAUGAUCCCAGGCCCACAGACGGUGGCCACGGAAAUCCGUUCUCUUUCUCCGAUCAUCGGGAAAGAUGUCCUCACCAGCACCUACGGCGCCACCGCGGAAACCCUCUCCACCUCCACCACCACCCAUGUUACCAAAACUGUGAAGGGGGGGUUUUCUGAGACGAGGAUCGAGAAGCGAAUCAUCAUCACUGGGGACGAAGAUGUUGAUCAAGACCAGGCCCUGGCUUUGGCCAUCAAGGAGGCCAAACUGCAGCAUCCUGACAUGCUGGUAACCAAAGCUGUCGUAUACAGAGAAACAGACCCGUCCCCGGAGGAGAGGGACAGGAAGCCACAGGAAUCCUGACCUCUGUGAAGAGAUGCUGGCAUUUCUGGUCCAAUCCAAGCCAGAGAACCGUCAAGAAGGGGCCUUCAUUCUGGAUUCUCCGACUCAACACCGAAGUCCCAGCUAUGACAUACUGUCACCGAAGAGGGACUGGGAAAGUAAAAGCAUAUAUAUAUAGAUAUAUAUAGAUAUAGAUAUAUAUACAGGAAACACCGCGUCCUUGCACUGCUGCUGGGGCUGGCCGAGCCGUUGGCCAACAGCAACAACCAACAUCUGAACGCCUACAUUUCCUUUGCAGACACAAUGAAGAAUUGGUGGGAUUUUUCAGGAAAAAAAAAAUACAACAAUAAUCUCUUGCUCCCCCUUUCAAAGCCCCGUGGAACGCCAGAAAGCAAGCCAGACCACACUGAUGGUAGGAGUCCCACACGACCCCGGUUCUGCACGUUACAUUGAGUGGAUGAGAACUCCAUUUGUGCUGCGACGUGUGUUGCCCACUCCAAUGCAAAGGAAACACUUUCGCAGCAAAGCAAGAGAAGUCACAGCAGCAAGACAUGCACCGUCAACCAUUUGCCGAGAAAGAAAGAACCACCCCCCCAACUCGGAAAGGAGGAGGAACACUGGAUUAUUAUUUUUUGGGUCUUGACACUGGGCUGCAAAAUCCACCUUCCUUUCUUCCACCUUCCCUCCCCCGGACUCACGCGUCUUAUGGUCAUUUCUGUCUCGGCUCUCUCCUCCCUGUCCCCGACCCUGCGUUUCCCCCGCUCCCGUCCCCCCUCCCUCUGUCUCCUGGUCCUGCUGAGGGCCACUGCGGAUGACUGGUUUGCAACAAGAAAAAGAAAAGAAAGCAAGAACAGAAAACCCAGCCACAGGAAGGGAAGUAGACAUUGUAUGUUUAUGGGUUCUCAUUAUGAAGGUGCAGCUUGUAGGAAAUGUGUACGGAUGUGCUUUUAAGUUAUGUAUAUUACAUAUAACAGGAAACAAAUAUUAAAAUAAACAGUGCUGGUAAGUAUGAAGCUGACAUUUUAAAAUUAUAAUUAUCCGCCUGUGAUUGAUGUAUCCCAAGGAUCUUAGAUCUUCCUGAACCGGCCCGGCCAAGGAGACCUGGACUCUGGCUGUGGGUUGCUCACAGUAGGAGCUGACGGUUCGGUGUAGUAAUACAGUGUGUGGUAUUUGUAACUGGUUGAUUGGUGGGGAGGGGUGGGGUCCCCAGAUGGAGGGGCAGGGGUUUGGCAAGAAGGAAGAAACAGAUAUAGUCCAAGAUGCCUUCUCCCCUUGGGCGGUAGCCACCAGGGCGUGGUUUAUGCUCCGGUGUGGGGUCCAGAGUUAGGAUUCUGCUACCUCCCUCGGGAAUUUGCUUCCGUUUUCAGUUUUUUUUUUUUUUUUUUUUUUUGGCCACAUGUCUUUUCCCUGACCACAUUGUGACAGCUGACUCCCCCUCCAGAGGGAGGUGAUGCCACUGGUCGCUGCAGAGGAUGGUGGCUUUAACCUGGCUGUCUGGAGAGUCCCAGCUCACUCUUAUCCUCUGCCCUCCCACAUUCAUUCUCUUCCUCCCGGGCCAAAGCAACCAUAGAGACCAUGAAACAGGGCAGGCCCUGAUAGGUCAAAACUUCAUUUCCAAAGGCUUUGCCUGCCCCUGAAUAAGCUUAGGGUGAGAGGUGGUGUUGCUCAAAGGCUCCAUCUACGUAUAGGACUCUGGCUUCAGGAACCUCCCCUUCAGCCAGCAUCUGAGCUUUGAGCCUGUACCCUCAGAGGGCCCUGAAUUGCCUCCAGAUCACAGAGGCCCUUGGAGAAGACCCCAUCAAAAGCUUGGCAUUGACCUCUGGCACACAUAAUCUUUCCCAGGCUUGCCUGCCAUGAGCUGCUUCUCUGAGCUCAAUGAGUCUUCUUUGGAGGGACUAUAUCCCCACUGCACUUUAAUUUCUCAGUCCCAUCUUAGCUCCCCAGUCCGCCACUAAAGUGGUCAUUAAAUUCAUUCAACAAAUUUCAUUUAUUGAGUACCUACAUGUGCCAGGCACUAUCCUUGGGCUGAAGGAGAGAAUGUGGGGGAUGGGAGGGACCUAGAAGUCCUCUGAGCCAGCCUAACAUCUUCAAUCAUGGCUUGCCCCUCAGAGAUUCCCACAUUCUCUCCGAGUAUGGGUCGUUGCCCAGUGACACCCCCCCCCCCAGAGGGCCCAGGCUUACUUAUCAGUUACCCCAGUGACAUAUGUACUUAGUUUGCUAAGCUGGUGCUGACCUGAGGCAGGACAGGAAACCAGAACAGUGUUUGCCUCUGUGGGCAAAAAUGGGACAGAGCAGGCAGGAAGAGGCCUGCACCUGGGGCUCAGAUGGCAGAUUUGGCCACAUCCCGCCAGGAGCAAGGCCGGUGGCCCGCUCCAACUUCCCCUGAGUGCGACGGCUCACUUUCUAUGUGCCAGGUUCUUUUUACCACCCUGGUGGAGAAGCCACAGAACCUCCUUCCCACCCCUCCCAACUUGAGAGCUCCCAUUCUUUCUGGGCCAUGAGCCAGAAUGGCUCCACCCUCCCGGGGCCACCUGGAAUUUGGCUCAGGAGUCCCUACCACCCUGGUCACACCACAGAGGGAGAAUAUUUGUUCUCGAUUCUAAACCUCAUCUCAAGCCCCUGAAUGUGUGGCUUCAGGGCAGGGAUGACGUGACCAGAUUUAGCUUGCAGGCUGGCCAGGGUUUGUGGAGAUCUCCAUCCCAUGGAUGCUGUGACCUUCCUUCCAUGGAGAGGCAGGCAGUGCCACCAGGGAGGAGGGGAGCUGCAAGGCUGAAAUCUAGGGCACUGUUUCCUCCCCAUCCUCCUCUUCAUAGAGAAUAUAGAUGUUUGUCUUGUCUGUCUUCAACCUACUUUUCUUCUUUUCCUUUUUACAUUUUGCAUCGUUUCUGUGCUGCCUCUCCACCCAGGAGACCAUGUAGCAUAGUGGAAAAUGUCCUGGAGGGUAUCUUGGCUCAGCCAUGAGACAUUGGACUAGUCCCAUCCCACCCACCCCCCUUUUGGGCCUCAGUUUCCCCACUUACCAAAUAAGCAGGAUAAACCAGAUGCUCUCCAGGGUCUUUUCCCAGUCUGCUGUCAUUCAGAUCAUCAUUUUCUCUUAUUUUGCUUUCUUGGGAUCUUUUCCAUCUGAGGGUACAGGAAGUGCCAGGACCUGUUUUCAGUUUUUUAAUCCUGCAAGCACAUUCCAAGACUGGCCUGCAAUUGCAUGAGCAACAUCACUCUAAAUACUUUUUUUUCUCAAAAGCACCUUACCAACCAACUGCGAUGCUGUCCUGUUCUUUUUUCCUCACACCCCUCCCUCCCCUCUCGUCCCGCGCUCCCCCACCUCAGUGCUCUGUGCUGUAUGCGUGUGCUCUCUGUUCUUGUAUACUCAAUAAAAGUGAAAUAAAUGUGUUUGAUGCUGAACCACAAA